AUGAGGAGAUAUCGACGACAGCAUCGAUUCAUAAUUCAAGCUAUGAAAGCAAAGGAAAGUGAUAAAGAUCGUAAAAAGAUAUGGGAUGAUUCAAGAGCGGAAAAUUUGGAUUUAGUUCAGUGUAUACGAGUCUUUACAUUAAGAGUAAGCAGACAAAAGUUGGAUGAAUCAAGAAGUGAGCAGGAUCAAUUAGCGACAUCUUCUGAUUCAGAGACGGGUGAAUCGGAAACAGCCUCAUUACGAGUACAAAUAAUGACUGACGAGAAAAAAUCGAUUAAAAUCAAUGAACUAAAUAAACAGAUUAACAACAAAUUAGAAGAAAAAAGAGAUGGAUGGCAAAGUUUAAUGCAAGCAAUAAAUGAAGUUAAAAAAAUAGAGAUUGAUUUGGAUCGAGCAACAGUUCAGUGUAAUGAUCUCAAUAAAAUGAUCAUUCUCGAGGAGGAUCAGCAAAAGAUUAUUAAAGAAAAUCUGGCAAAAAUCGAUGCGAUUUUGGAUACACUGAAAAAUGAAAUAAAAUGA